ACCGCCCUCUCCUGAUCAUAGCUGGGUUGCAUGCUCAUAAACACAUUUAGAAAGUGAAACUGAAAAGCACAUCUCGAAAAGUAGGGAGUCUGCUGUCAUGAUGGCUGAGGGAGGGCUUUUGGAUUCGUUGGAGGGAGUUAAAGAUGAGAUCAUCAGGCAAAAGGUUCUAUACGAGAAGUUGGUUGAGGAGCAGGCGCAGCUGGUAAAGACCAAUUCUGAACGGGAACAACGGACCAAGGAUUUCAAGGACCGCUUUGUAAAAAUCACAGAAGGACUGGAACAGGCCAAGGAACAACACCUGGAAACCAUUAACUCUCAAAAGAGAAAACAUGACUCCCUGAAGCAGGAAGAGGCAGAACUUCUUGAAGAUCUCAAAGGGACCGAAACAGCCUUAGAAGAGCAGGAAAUCAAAGAGGCCGAGGUCGAAGGUGCCACCAAUGUGAACACCGUGGUGCCCAAGAGGGAGGUGGUCUUCCGCGGUGCCACAGUGGCUACUGGGAAUCCACAACCCUUUGACGUGAAGUCUCGCAUAAAGUACCCCAUGGAGGGUGGGACUGCGCUGAUCACGUUUGAAGACGAAAUAGUGGCUCGGAAGAUCCAGUCCCUGCAGACCCACAAAGUGACCCUGGAGGGGGAAUGCUACAUCACGGUAGAGGCCCACCCCGUCCAGCUGACGGUCCCCACCUUGGUCCAGAUGGACACCCGGGUGUGUCCCCGCAGCAUCCUGGUGUCCCAGCUGCCGGACAUGGACAGUGAGGUCAUCCUGGACAAACUGGAGAUCCACUUCGGCAAGCGCUUUAACGGCGGCGGGGAGGUGGCCAGCAGACAUUUCCAGGAGGACACGAGGAAUGCCGUGCUCGUCUUCACAGAUGACAAAAUUGCCCUGGGCCUGACCCAGAAGGAGAACCACGAGGUGUCAUUUCCCAAAAAAUCGAAGUACAAAGUGAGGGUGACCCCUUUCGUCAACGGAACCAUCACUCGUGUAGAGACCGAGGCAUUGGCGUGCCCCCGCACUGUGCUGCUGACCGGUAUUCCUGGUGUCAUGGAUGCCGACUGUCUGCAGGACACGCUGGAGAUCUUCUUCCAGAAGGGCAGCAAUGGCGGCGGGGAGAUAAGCAACGCACUGUACAACCCCCCAGGCCAGACCGCGGUGGCCCUCUUCGAGCAAGACACAGGGAUCUGACGCGUUCCCGUCUGAUAGGUUAUGAGACUUCCAUGUGUCCUAUGGUGCCUUUAAAACACGAAGGGCGGAAAUGUACGACGACUUCAAGUCGGAGCUCAUUAGUCCUUUAUUAACCUCUUCACCCCGAGGCCUAUUUCUGAAAACAUGCAGUAAAAAGGUAAAUGGAGUAUAUCUCCUUAACCGCAAGGGCUAUAUUAUGUAUAAUAAUAUAUUAAAUCAUGUUACCAAACAAAACACAGGUAACACCUGUGUGAUUGUUGUAUAUGUGGAAGAAAUCACAUUGGAUAAUACUUGGUUGGGGGGAAUAACGUUAGAACACAGCACAAGUCGAAGAAUUUAUUUCCGCAUGAAUUUAAAGAGUCCAAUCUUUCUAGUGGUGUAUCACAAGACGAUUAGCUCAUGUGUUUUAAUGUCUUACGUCCUUGAAUUGUGGGUGAUUAAAUAUUUGAUCGGC